AUUGGCUUUGACAACCUGGUGGUUAAGGUCCGCAGCUUGGAGGUCAACGGUGAUCUGCUGUUAACAAUUACGGACAGUGAACUAAGAGAGGAUCUAGGACUGUCGAACAGUAUCGCACGCCGCAGGUUUCUUCGCGAAUUGGUGCGGCUAAAAUGCAAAGCCGACUACUCUGCCAUCGAUGAAACAGAGCUAGCUGAUUUCCUUUCCGCCGUCUCCGAACAUCCGGCCAAUACUUCCAAUCACUGCAUGCGUGACUCAAGUCUCUGGGACGCCGACUUAACGCAGUAUACCUAUAGCCUACUUCUUGUAGGUGUAAUUAGACCUUGCCUCGCCAAGUUGUCCGACAAAGACCUCGAGGAGGCGUGCCACAUCGAAAAUCCCUUUCACCGUCAGCAGAUUUUGGAGGCCGCGAAGAAUAAGGGUAAGUGCAAGCUUUGA